ACGUUGAUCAAAGCUGUUGCAUGAAUCGCACGGUCUUCCAGUGUUCCCGGCGAUUCGAACCCACUUCCAGUCUCAUAGUGUUACCCAGCCAGCCUACAUUGUGUGAUUCCUGGCUACACUGGCACCUCCUAUUCUUCCCGUCUCCGUGUGGUUCAAAAUUACGAGAUGUAGGACCACAGCGCUCUGUUACUCACCGCGACAAGACUCAUAGCAGGUAGUCAAACGUUCGGGACACCGUGCACUUCCAAUUGGUUAUGGACCCAGUCGACGGCUGGUUGGAAACUCGAAUGUUCAGUAGACAGUAGUUCCACUCCAAGUUGGUGGUGGACCUUCGCUGGCAAUCUGCUGGCAUUACAGAUCAGUGCUAUCUGUUUGACUACGCAAGGAGAAUUUCAAAUAACAACAUUCAGCUCAUAUAUGAGAACCAGCCGUCUUCUUCAGAUUUACCUGAUUUCUUAUCACAAGAAGUCACAAAUAAUGCAUUUCUCCUCUGCAUUUGUCCUUGCCGUCGUUGCUGCUUUAGCCUCAUCAUCCGUCUCUGCCAUACCCCCUCAGGUUGACGAGGUUGGCGCCACUCAAUGUCAAAACUUUUGCCAAACUGAUGAAGUAUGCAUUAAAACUGGCUGUGUUGCAUGGCAGUUCCAAGGUGUUUUCUGCAUAGUGAGUUGUGUUUCUGCCCUCACAUCCGUGCAGUAUGGCCAUUGGCACUGACGCGCGAGUGAUUAGUGAUUUGCAGAUUUGAUCAACGGACCACGAUCGCAUUCGGAUCCCUCUGGUCGGUUAUGCUGUAACAUGCCCUAAAACUUUCCUGGGUCGGCACUACAGUAGGACCAGGGCCGCUUGCUCCAUAGUAUAUCUGGACGGUAAACUUCUUGACGAUUUCUUCGGAGCCAUGCACGUCCAUCCAGUGAAUAUAGUGCUCGGCUGAUCCAUCGAA